AAAACCUGUUCCUCAAUUAGUGAUUCAGUUCAGUUCGGUCCCCAACUCCCGACCAUAAGCAGCAUGGCGACAGCGUCGAGAGCGAUUGCCCUUGCCAGCAACACGAUGACCGCAUCGUGUUUCCUUCCCAAAACGCCUUUCGUUCUAAAGCAGGGAGCUUUGAGCUUUUCCGGUGGCAGAAGGCUCUCGAAGAGGUUGCUUUUCACCUGUAAUGCCAUUUAUAAGCCUCAAGUUCAGAUCAAGGAAGAAGGCCAGCCCGAAACCCUCGAUUAUAGAGUUUUUUUCCUUAACGAUUCCGGAAAAAAGAUUUCACCUUGGCAUGACAUACCAUUACAAUUAGGCAAUGGUGUUUUCAACUUCAUUGUCGAGAUUCCCAAAGAAUCAAGUGCAAAGAUGGAGAUUGCCACUGAUGAACCAUACACUCCCAUUAAGCAGGAUACAAAAAAGGGAAAACUUCGAUAUUAUCCCUAUAAUAUAAAUUGGAACUAUGGAUUGCUUCCGCAAACAUGGGAAGACCCUUCUUUUGCUAACUCUGAAGUUGAAGGGGCAUUUGGAGAUAAUGACCCUGUUGAUGUUGUUGAGAUUGGUGACAAAAGGAGAAAUAUUGGUGAAGUUCUGAAGGUCAAGCCCUUGGCUGCUUUAGCCAUGAUUGAUGAAGGUGAACUUGACUGGAAAAUAGUUGCAAUUUCAUUGGAUGAUCCAAAGUCUUCUCUUGUGAAUGAUGUUGAUGAUGUUGAUAAGCAUUUCCCGGGAACCCUCACUGCAAUCAGGGACUGGUUUAGAGACUACAAGAUCCCUGAUGGAAAACCAGCCAAUAAGUUUGGUCUUGGCAACAAGGCAGCAAACAAGGAUUAUGCUCUUAAAAUUAUCACUGAGACUAAUGAGUCUUGGGCUAAACUCGUCAAGAGAACAAUCCCUGCUGGAGAGCUUUCACUUUUUUGAAUGCAAUUGUUAAGAGUUAUAGCAACUGCAGGAGGUGGUAUUGUCAUUGCCAUUGCCAACUAAAUCAGGGUUUUUUCAAGUGCAAGGAGGUCCUGAUGAUCAUACAAGCAGAUACACCAUUGCGUCCCUUCCUGAUAGUGAUUCAAAUAAUUCAUUGAAAUCUAUAGUCUGUUUAUCUUGUUUUCUGUUUUCUGAGUAUCGGUAAAUUUAAGAAUUAUGACUGCAAAUUCAAAUAAACAAUAAUAUGUUUUUGACAUGUUGGAUAUAAUCAUCUUGUAGAACAAAGAAGACCCUAUUCCAAAUCAAUGCAAAUGAACAUG